GUGUAUCCAGUUUAAGCAAUGAAGGAUUUACCAUUGCAUGCAAUACAAGUAGGAUAUUCCCUGAAGCUAUGAUGGCAGUUCAUAGCAAUGGUCACCGGCUUAAAGUCACACCUUGUGAAAACUAUAAAAUCUCAGAAAAUCCUGUCUAUUAUAAAGCUGCCUGUAUAGUCAUUAUCCCAAGAGAAAAUUUACACUUAGAACAAAACAACUUUAACAUCAGCAUAUACCCUAAUAACAGUGGUUUUAAUAACAUUGAAAAUGCAUUGGCUAUUAAAGUCGUCAUGUUGAAUAUCGAACCAAAGUAUGUUGUCCAACAAGACUGCGAGAACGAAGCAAACGUGGUAAAAUGCAGUUGUAAAAGGAUAGAUGCUACAGAUGGUGUAUCGAAAUUUGAUUGGUAUUUAAACAACUCGUUAGUAAAGCAGAAUACUAAUGUUUACACAUAUACGUCGGAAACGGACGCUGAGAUAUAUAAUCGAAGGGCCAAUAUUUACGUAGAGUCAAAGCUGUUGUCGUGUCGCGUUCAGACUGCUGAUCGUAAAAAUGAUAAAGAUUCAAGCGUUCUGAACUUUUUUAUUGUCCUGAUUGUAAUUCUUAUUUUAAUUAUUGUGAUAAUGUUUUUCUACACUCCAAAACAAUGUAGGAUACAUUUUGGAAAAUGUUUCCGAUUUACCCGGAAAACAAAAACAAUGUCAGGAAAUUCGCAUGACGAAACUCCACUUAGAGAUACACAACAGGAAAACAAUGAAUCUCAAGUUUGUAUAGAUUUUGCAACAGAAACAGUUAAAGAACCAGAACUCGACAUAGACGAGAGCCAGUUUGAAAUCAAAACCACAUUUCUUCUUCUUGGUACUAAAAGUGGUAAAAAAGGUGGUAAAAAACAUAAUAUUAGUAACCUAAUUCUACAGACGAAAAUCAAAGAUGCCAAGUCAGAUGUCUUGAGAAUGCAGUUUGAAUUCUCGAAGCUAGACAACCGGUUGAUUAAAUUAGCUGAUGGCCCAGAGCUAGAUGUAAAACAAAUCCACCCGUUUGUCACAGAUCUAAAACAUUGCCUUGUCGCUUUCCCCGAGGGAUUUAAUGCAAUUCUGCUUGCAAUGAAUGAGAAUCAGGAUACAAAUGAUAUUGAAAAGUUGAUUGAUGUUCUUGUAUUUUUCUUAGGUAUAGAGGUUAUGAAUCAUGUUAUUUUUAUUAACAGUGCAACCAAUACGUCAAAGAACAGAAAGUAUUCAACUUUUAAUGAUACUUACAAAGGUAGAAUUCUAGAAAACUUGCCUGAAAACGACUUAGUAAGUGGAAUAUUUGCACUAACUGACUUAUGGCAUUAUCGUUUUGUCUGUCAAAGCUUUCAAAUGAUUUACGAUUUAGGUAAACUUAAGUCUGAAUCAAUAUUAGAGAAUAUGCUAAAGAUUGCAUCACUAUUACUGCAAGCGUGUAAAGAGACAGAGGCAGGAACAUUAAUGAAUCAAAGCUUUAAAGAACAGUGUGUUCAAGUUUUAAAAACAUUAUGUGAAAAGUGUAGAAACGAAAAUACUGAAAUUAAAAAAGAUUCUAAAGUUAUUUUGACGAUUUUCGAAAUGCAAAAUCAAGCAUCUAAAUUAGAGGAGAUUAAAGAUAUUGAAGCAAUAUUUGAGGAACUGGAAAGUGUGUACUUACAAAAAGUAAUUUCUCCUCGAAUAGCGAGAUUGGAACAAACUUUUGCGUGGAAGGUCAUUGACAAUAUAAUUUCUAAGGAUAAGAAAAUCGACAUAUCGCACAUAAAAUAUCUCCCCUUAAGGUAA